AAAUUUUGGCCAUAAUUUGAAAAAAUUCAAUGACCGUAAGGUCCGAUAAGAAAUUGACCCAUACAGAACGAGUAAUCACGUCUCUAAUAGCUGGAGCAUUGGCAGGCGCAAUGGCCAAAACGGCCAUUGCGCCAUUAGAUCGUACGAAAAUUUAUUUUCAAACACAGAAUAAAAUGUUUACAUUUCCCGGUGUGAUGGAUUUUCUAUUGAAAUCAUAUAAUGAAUCCGGUAUCACAAGUCUUUGGCGUGGAAAUUCCGCUACAAUGGCACGUGUUGUACCAUAUGCAGCCAUACAAUAUUCAAGUCAUGAACAAUUUAAACAUUUAUUGCAAGUGGAAACAAAUGAUCAAAAGAGAGCACAUCCACAUCGUUCAUUUAUGGCCGGUUCAUUAGCUGGUCUUGUAUCGACUGCAUCUACCUAUCCAUUGGAUGUAGCACGUGCACGUAUGGCCGUAUGUAGCACGUAUCCAAGUCUUACACAAGUGUUCCUUCGUUCAAUUAAUGAAGGUGGAAUUCUUUCAUUAUAUCGCGGUUUCAUUCCAACAAUUUGUGGUGUAAUACCAUAUGCUGGUAGUAGUUUUUUUACAUAUGAAACCCUUAAACGAUUGCAUUAUGAUUAUUACGGCAAUAAUGAUAUACAUCCAUUAUUACGGAUGUUAUUCGGUGCCAUAGCUGGUCUAUUUGGUCAAUCAGCAUCAUAUCCAUUAGAUAUUGUAAGAAGACGAAUGCAAACACAACAUGGUUAUGUUGAGCUUGGUAUAAUUGGUACAAUGAAAAAAGUUGUCACUGAAGAAGGUUUCAUACAUGGACUAUAUAAAGGCUUGUCAUUAAAUUGGGUGAAAGGUCCUAUUGCUGUUGGUAUAAGUUUUACAUCAUUCGAUAUGAUAUAUAAAUUUUUAUUGACUGUUUAUAUUGAUGAAAUUCAAACAUCAUCUUCAUCAUCAUCAUCAUCUGCGAAAGUAUCAAGUGGUGUAUGAAAUGAUGAAACGUUAAUUACAUCAAAGAUUAAAAACAAGCAUACAUCAUCACCCUUGAAAUUCUCAACUAAUGAAUUGUGACUAGUCAAAUUAAUCCUUAAAAUGAUUUUUAUUUUCUUUCUUUCAUCUAAUUUUGACCAAAUCAAAUGAAAAGCUUCGCCAUUUUAAUCAACCAACCAACCAACCAACCAAUCUUCAUAGAAGACAAUCAUGGAAUUUACAAAUUAAAUUACAACAACAACAAAAAAAAAAAAUCACUCAAAAUAUUUAAAUAAUUGAAAAUUUUACAAAAAAAAACAGAAAAGUUUGUUAUAUUUGCAUGCUUCAAGCACACACACAGUAGAAGGAAAUUUAUUAUCAUCAUUGUUUUUUUUUCUCAAUUGUAAUAUGAAAUUUGCCAU